UAGCUAGGGUGUGAAUGUUUGGAGAUAAUUAACUCUUUGCAUGCUUCAGCCCAGGUUUCAGCUUAAAUAUGAGUGCUCAGUUGAGGCUGCUAGCAGAUACAGUAUCCCCACCAUGUAGAGCAGUGAUGCUCCUCCUUGCUGCUAAUAAUAUACCCUAUGAAUAUGUCAAGAUAAGCCUCAAAGAGAGUGAAAAUUUGAGCGAUCCAGAGCUAGGAUCCAUUAAUCCAAGCAGGAGGCUUCCAGCAAUUGAAGACAAUGGAUAUACGUUAUUUGAGAGUACUGCAAUCCUGAAGUACAUAUGCAACAAGCAUGGUCUGGCUGACCACUGGUAUCCUAAAGAUCUAAAGAAGCAAGGGAAGGUUGACGAGGCUCUUGGCUGGUUUCCUCAGAAUUUACGCUGUGGGGCUUAUUAUUUAACAGCAGUCUUGCCUCGUAAGUCUGGGAAGUGCACACCAGAAGCUAUCCUAGAGCAGUCCCAGACAACUAUCAAGAAAAGUGUCAUGGUUGUUGAGGAUUAUUUCUUGAAGAGCACAAGGUUUGUUGCCGGAGAUGAGAUAUCCAUUGCUGAUCUUCUCUAUGCAUCCGAGGUGACUCAGUAUCUUAAAAUGGGCGUCAAUCUUGCCGAGGGACGCCCCAAAAUGACGCAGUGGCUCUCUGACGUGAAGGAAGCACUUCAGCCUCAUUACGAUGAGAUUUAUAAAGAAGAAUACCGCACCAUUGAAGCCAAGAUUUUCUUUGCUGAAAUGAAGUAUUAUUGAGACUCGAUGAUAGCUACAAUAUCUUUGAAAUUUAUUAUUAAUAAAUUGUGUGCUUAUGUAACGGUUGCUUUAAAUUUGUUUAUUUGUAGAGCUGUUGUUAUGAUCUCUAUUAAGAGGGCAGUGUAUACUGUUUGCCCGUCUGUGUGUGCAUUAUCAGCC